AUGAUUACCGUGAAAAAGGACUCGGAGGUGAUGACCAACUACGUGGCCGCCAACCCGGUCCCGGCCGGCGAGGCGUUCGGGGUCUUCCACGACCAGCAAUGGCAGCCCGCCGUGUUCGCCCUGGGAGAAGACAGCAUCCUCAGCCUGAUUAUCACCGCGGGCCGUGAGCCGAAGAAAUUCGACUUUGCCAAGCUGUCAGGCCUCUUCUCCGUAGAUGUCAAGGUACAAGCGUUUGCCGUCCUACAGGCACCGGACGGCAGUCUGGAUAUCUGCAUUGCUACGAAAGCGAGCGAUACAACCUCAAACUUUUAUUUACUGCAUAACAUCACCUUGGACGAGAUCCUGGGCACGAUGCCAUCGGCCAAAGUCAUUCAAGGCGUCUUCCCGACUGUGGACCAUAUCUACAUGGGUCAUAAACCAAGCGAUGAGGCGCGAGCACUACCACUGGUCAUGGUAGCGUUUCAACGACCGGAUAGGUUGACCAAGACAGAGGAUCUCAACUACGUCAAGAUCGAGGGGAAGAAGGCCACCUUGGUGGACCACUGGAGCCUCCCGGUCAAUCCGGAAAAGAUUCUGGAUGUAACCCUGGUCACCUGUCUGCUGGGCGAUGGGGUGAUGGUCCUGUACCAAGGGUUCUCCGGGGAGAUGUUUCUGGUGUUCAAGGUGCUGGCCGCGGACGACGAGGACAGUGUUGGGUUCGAGGUUCAGGUUCCCUGUCCGGAAGGGGCGACCUGCCUGGCUUCGUUCCUGGACCCGGCCAAAGGGUGGACGGUCGUGCUGGUGGGCGGCAAGGAGAUCACCGCGUUGGCCUACAAGGAUUACAGCUCCCAUAAGACCAGUGCCGGCACGGUGAUCGACAGUCUGAAGCGGAUCAGCGACCUCAAGGAUCUGCACGUCUCGCAGACCGGGGAGAGCCUCCGGCUGUGGUAUACCACCGCGACCGACGCGGUCUACUACUACACCACCAAGACUACGGCUCUCUCCGAGGGUAUCGUGAUUCCACUCCUCGCGAAAGGACAAGGCGGCCGGAUCUCCAGCCUUCUGUCCAGCCGGCCCGCCGACGGGGAUAACAAGCUUCUAGUCAGCAGUCUGCUGUCCGUGGACGAGACCGGAAACCUGUCCCUCCUGCAGCAGGACCCUGCCUCGCAGGUGUGGCAGCAGUACCCGUUCUGGCACGCUUCCGAAGAGACAAUCACCGAAGUAAAAGGAUCGAUGGUCCGUCUACACACGACGGUCACCAACGAUAGUGACGGGGACGCGGCCGACCUCCUCCCCGGGUGCUGGCUGCGUGUAAGCUGUUCCGGCCUCGUUCGGUGUAUCGUCAACGGUCACCACACGACUCUCUCGCCCACUGCAGAGUGGUACCAGACCGACGCCAAAGGUGUCCUGAAUAUCCUUUUGCAGACUGACGACGCCACGAUCCAUCAGUUCGCCGCCGAAGCCUACCGCCCCGCGCAGAAACCUUCGCAGUCGGUGUCGUUGUCGUCGGCGGCAGCGGCCGAACGAGCCCUAACGGAUCCGAUCCUGGAUCCAUCCCGCAAGAUCCUCCCCAAGAUCCAGGACAUCAAAACCGGCGACCAAGUCAAAAACCUCAAGAAAGCGGAUGGGACGCCGUUGUUCGAGAAAGCCCCCGACGAUCCGGAUGGCGUUGCCAAGAUCUUCCAAAAGCUCGUCGCCAGUGCAAAUGAUCUCCAUGCCGAGGAGAAACAAAAGCUGCAGGCAUACCACGCAGCGAUUGCCUCUCCGAACAGCAGUACCCCCGUCCCUUAUGGGUUCUGGUCCGAUAUAGGGGACGCCCUUAGUGGAGCGUGGCAUUGGAUCACCUCGGUUGCAGAGGAUGUCUGGCAAUGGACCUGCGAUGUGGUCGGCGGCGUGUGGAAGUUUAUCGUCAAGAUUGGCGAGGAGAUCUUCGAGAUCGCCCUCAACACCAUCACCUCGAUCGUGAAGGGCGUCAUCUGGGUGUUCAAGAAGAUCGGCGCCGUCAUCAAGGAUAUCAUCGAGUUUAUCAGUUUCUUGUUCGAGUGGGGCGAUAUCCUUGACACAACCGACAGUAUCGCCGCCGGGUUCAACGCGGCCCUGGAAUACGGCAAGGAGGCGCUGGACGCGGCGGACCUCGACGCGCACAAGUGGUUGGAGAACGUCCGCUCCACGAUCCUGCAGAACCUCACCUCCCUUCAGUCAAACGAUUACAACGGCGCGCGGCUGGGAGGCAGCAAUAGCAACAACAAGAAGACCACGGUCGCAGCCAGCACGGCCGGUGGUGAUGCAGACGGCAAUGCAGACCAGGGCGCCGACGAGGAUGAGGUCAAGGCGGCCGUGCCCUACAACUGGUCGGCGUACUACUUCACCUACGGCGGCGGAACGACGAAUGCGGUGCUCCACGACGACAGCACCACCGCCGCCUUCGCGACAGGGGGCACGACCGAAGACCAACUGGUGAAGCUGUGGCAGGACGUGCAGGACGAGGUGCAGAUCAUCAUGAAGACGGUGACGAAUGUGGCCAAGGAUCUGGUGGAAUUCUUCAACCCGGCCAACUUCAGCGUGCGGGAGGUCAUGGCCAAGGUGGGCGUGGACCUGGUCAACGGGAUGAUCGACGCGGUGGAGAAGCUGGCCGACAUCCUGUUCGAGGCCCUGAGACUGGGCAUCGACCUCGUGCAGGACCUGGCGACCAAGGAGAUCAACAUCCCCGUCAUAACGUGGCUCUGGAAGAACGUGAUCGCCCGGGGCCGGCCCCUGACGCUGCUGAACCUCUGCGCGCUCUUGAUCGCGAUCCCGACCACCGUGCUGUACAAGGCGAAGAAGAAGCGGGCGCCCCCCAAGUUGUCUGGGCGGUUGACGAAGGGCACUUUCGGCCAGUACGUGCAGGGCCAGGGCGACGCUUCGCUCGCGGCGGAUAUCCGAGGGUUCAGCGUCGCCGCGGAGUCGGGCGUGCUCCUCAUCGAGACGGAGUUCGACGUGCUUUCGCUGGGGCUGGAUGGCGCCUUCGAGGGACUCGAGCUUGAAAGUAUCCCCUUCGGUCCGGUGGAUAGCAUCAUGAAUGUCUUUGAUUCGGCGUCCCUGACUUUUGCCGCCGUGAACGGAUUCACAACCUGGCCCGUUGGAGACGACACAGCAUCCGCCGCCUCCUACUCUUCUGGACUGACCACCGCCUCACUGGACACCAAACACGCUCUCAAGUAUGCAGGCUGGGCCCUCGGGGGCGCCAAGUUAGCCUCCGGCACCGUAAUCAAACUAGUGAGCAAGAAGAUGAAGCUAGAGCGACCGGUGGUCAAGCGGUGGAAGGGGACGGUCAGCGCCGUGCUGUCAGUGCCGUCGCUCUGCCUCAAACUCACGACCGAUAUCAUGGAUGCCACCGCGGCGGAAAAGAACGAGGUGCUGAUCAUUAACGGGUUUAUCGAGACCAUCGCCGGGUUCGCGGGCACCUGGGGCAAAGCCGUGGCGCAGUGGAAUGACGAGCUCGAGAACUAUCUCAUGUACAUCGGCUUGGCCGUCUACCAGGUCUGCCGGGUGGUCAAGUACGGGUUGAAGGUGGAGGACUUUGCAAUUGAAAAGCUGGACUGAUUAGAGAUUGCUGGGGGGGGUUGGGGCGGGGUGAAUUGCUUAGUGUGAAGUUCAAUCUCUGAUCCCAUGUUUUCCAUCUUUGCGCCAUUUUUCCCGUGCUUCAGCACGGGAAGCCUCAAUUAUGUAGCAGCCAGUCAUUUUACCAACUCACAGAAAUGAGGGAUCAAAGCUAAGAGAUUGAAUACUAGACCCAGAACUUGUCAUAACCAUGCAC